AUGGUGCAUAACACGCCUACAUUAAAUUUUGUUGUCGGAAUCAUUCGUAGCAGUCAUACCUAAGUAUGUCAAUCAUAAUAAUUUUGCCAACCGCUGAAAAGUUGGAAAGAAACGUCUCGCAGUAUAUUAAGAACAAUGAUUGUGAAAGAAGAUGCACGAUCAUUUUGUCUAUGUUUCGUGCAGGCUGUACCAAAAUGCACUUAUUUAUUUUGAUUUUGCUCACUGCAGAUUUAGUGUAUGUUAACAGCCAAACGACACAAGGGUACAAUCUGAAAGCUUUGAGCGUCAAGGAGUUUUUACGGUUUGAUGGCAAUCAUGAUGGAACCAUUACUUUAAGCGAAUGGGAAAGUGUUCUAAGAGGAGACGAUGAUAAUGGUGACGGAAUCAUAACUUGCGACGAGUAUGUUCGUCAUUCCACAUCACCACAUGACAUUGCUUUGGGAGUACUGAACCAAUUCAAUGGCGGCGAUUGUAAGUUAACGCACGAUGAAGGACUGGUUCCAUAUCACCACAUGGACGGAAACGGGGAUGGGAUUCUUCAAGAGAUUGAGUUUAUAAAUUUCUACAUUCAGGUUUUGAAAAAUCUUGGACUUACUGAUCAUGGACAAACAACAAAGAGCACUUGAAUAAAAGAUAUUUUGAUUAAA